ACUGUGGGAGGAAGGCCCAGAUUCCCCUGAAGACGCCCUUAGUGUCAGGCAAAGAACCAGCCCUCCGCUUGGCCAGAGGGACACUGAGUUGUGGCAUUCUCCAGCCUCCCCUCCCCUCUAGGGCCCAUGGGUCUUGCCCCUGACCCCGGAGACAGGUCUGCCCUGGUGGCCUCAAGUCAGGGGCUACAAAAUUUUAACUAGACACAUUGAUCAUUAACAGGGGGUUGAAAGGAGUCCACACGCAAUCUCACUGGGAGGCACAGAUUCACAGUGCCUGGGGCCUCCCACGGAGAUGAUGGGCCCCGGAGUCUGGUCCUCUGUGAGGCAGGGCCUGGGCAGGGGCCUGGCCCAGAACAUGAGGGGCUUGGCCUCAGGGGAGGGGAGGAAGGUGGAUAUUGCAGGCAUCUACCCACCUGUGACCACCCCCUUCACUGCCACCGCAGAGGUGGACUAUGGGAAACUGGAAGAGAAUCUGCACAAACUGGGCACCCUCCCCUUCCGAGGCUUUGUGGUCCAGGGCUCAACUGGCGAGUUCCCCUUCCUGACCAGCAGCGAGCGCCUACAGGUGGUGAGCCGAGCGCGCCAGGCCAUGCCCAAGGACAAGCUCCUGCUAGCUGGCUCUGGCUGUGAAUCCACUCAAGCCACGGUAGAGAUGACUGUCAGCAUGGCCCAGGUCGGGGCUGAUGCAGCCUUGGUGGUGACCCCUUGCUACUAUCGUGGCCGCAUGAGCAGUGCAGCCCUCAUUCACCACUACACCAAGGUUGCUGACCUCUCUCCAAUCCCUGUGGUGCUGUACAGUGUCCCAGCCAACACAGGGCUGGACCUGCCUGUGGAUGCGGUGGUCACACUUUCCCAGCACCCGAACAUAGUGGGCAUGAAGGACAGUGGUGGUGAUGUGACCAGGAUUGGGCUGAUUGUUCACAAGACCAGAAGGCAGGAUUUCCAGGUGUUGGCUGGCUCGGCGGGUUUCCUGCUGGCCAGCUAUGCCUUGGGAGCUGUGGGGGGCGUGUGUGCCCUGGCCAAUGUCCUUGGGGCUCAGGUGUGCCAGCUGGAGCGACUCUGCCUCACAGGGCAAUGGGAAGAUGCCCAGAAGCUGCAGCACCGCCUCAUUGAGCCAAACGCUGCGUUUGGCCGGGGCUGGGUUUGAACCCACCACCCUCGGUAUAUGGGGCCGGCACCCUACCCACUGAGCCACAGGUGCCACAUGUAAGUUUUUAUUUUUAUGGGAUAAAUUCACAACAGUGCAAUUGGUGGAUCAUAUGAUGUUUAUAUGUUCAAUUUAUUGAGAAACUGCUAAAUUGUUUUCCCGAAUGGCUGUGUCAUUUUACAUAUGAGUGAUUCAGUUUUUCUACAUCUUUGCCAGUAUUUGGUGUUGUGGCUAUUUUUUAAUUAAGCCAUUCUGAUAAGUAUAUAGUAUCAUUUCAUUGUGUUGUGUCUUGUCUUUUCUUUCCUUUCUUUUCUUUUCUUUCUUUCUUUUUUUUUCUGACACUCAUUCCCUUGUCCUGGAUAGAAUACAGUGGCAUCAUCACAGCUCACUACAACCUCAAACUUCUGGGCUCAUGCAAUCCUCCUGCCUCAGCCUCCCGAGUAGCUGGGACUAGAGACACCUGCCACCCGGCUAAUUUUUCUAUUUUUAGUAGAGACAGGGUCUCCCUCUUCACUAGGCUUAUCUAGAACUGCUAACUUCAAGCAAUCCUCCUGCCUCAGCCUCCCAAAGUGCUAGGAUUAUAGGUCUGAGUCAUUGAGCCCAAUUAAAAGUUUUGAAUUUUGAUGAAAUCCAAUUUAUCAAUAUUUCCUUUUAUGAAUCAUGCUUUUAGUGCCAAGUCUAAGAGCUCGUUGUAAAGAUUUCUUAGAAGAUCAUGAAGAUUUCCCUCCUUUUUCCCCUAAAGAUUUCAUGGCUUUAUAUUUUACAAGGCUAUGCCCCAUUCUGAAUUAAUUUUUGUAUAAAGUGUGAGACUUAGGUCAAGACUUUUUUUUUUUUUGCCUAUGAAUAUCUACUUGCUCCAGCAUCAUUUGUUGAAAAGCCCAUCUUUCCUCCAUUGAACUACUUUUGCACUUUUGUUAAACAGCAGUGGGGCAUAUCUGUGUGGGUCUAUUUCUGGGUUCUCUAUUCUUUCCAUUGAUCUAUGUGUCUAUCCCGCUGUAAUACCACGCAGACUUGACUGCUGUAGCUAAGUUUUAAAAUCUGGUAGACUGAUUCCUCCCACUUUGUUCUGUUUUCCCUUCAAAAUUGUUUUAGCUAGUCUAAUUACUCCACUUGUGAUAUGCAUUUCAGAAUGAUAUUGUCUAUAUCUACAAAAAAUCUUACUGACACUUUGAUAGGAGUGUUAAACCUGUGUACCAAUCCCAGGACAAUUGACAUCUUCACUGUGUUAUCUUUCAAUCCUUAAACAUGAAGUGUCCAUUUAAUUAGAUCUUCUGGUUGUACUUAUUGAGAAAAAUAAGGACAAGUAAAUAGGCUCAGCGCCUGUAGUACAGUGGUUAUAGCGCCAGCCACAUACACCGAGGGUGGCGGGUUCGAUCCCAGUUUGGGCCAGCUAAACAACAAUAACAACUGCAACAAAAAUAGCCUGGCAUUGUGGUGGACACCUAUAGUUCCAG